UCCCCGCCCCUCCGCCGGGCGUGUGGGGACGCCGGAGGGCGGGAGUCUCCGCGAGCAGCGCGGCGCAAGGAGCACGGCGGCCGCUUGAGCUCGGCGCGGAGCCGGGAGCCCGAAGCCUGCAGCCGGCCGUCGCCUGCUCCUGUGCCCUGGGCGCCAGCCCCUGCCGCGCUGCUCGGCAGCCGGAGAGCGCGCCCCGCCAUGGAACCCUCGCACAAAGACGCCGAGACGGCGGCGGCGGCCGCAGCGGUGGCGGCGGCAGACCCCCGGGGAGCGUCCUCAUCCAGUGGGGUGGUGGUGCAGGUCCGCGAAAAGAAGGGCCCCCUGCGAGCCGCCAUCCCCUACAUGCCCUUCCCCGUGGCCGUCAUCUGCCUCUUCCUCAACACUUUCGUGCCAGGACUGGGGACAUUCGUCUCGGCCUUCACCGUGCUGUGCGGGGCCCGCACCGACCUCCCGGACAGGCACGUGUGCUGCGUCUUCUGGCUGAACAUCGCGGCAGCCCUCAUCCAAAUGCUCACGGCCAUCGUCAUGGUGGGUUGGGUCAUGAGCAUCUUCUGGGGCAUGGACAUGGUCAUCCUCGCCAGCUACAAGGAGCAGGGCAUCCCACAGCAGCUGUGAGCCCACGGGAACCGCUGGGGAGAUCCAGGGGGCCCAGUGAGGGCUGCACCAAGCAGCUUUGGGCACACGGACCAUUACAUGUUCUCUUCUGCCAUUUUCCGGACUGGGGGUGGAAAGGGGGUAUUUUUAAAAAUAUUAUUUAUUUUGAAAACGCAUCUGCUUUUCUCAGCAGGUUGUGAGGGCUGCCAGUCCCUCCUGCUCCAGAAAGCACUGUGGGCGCAGGCACCAGAGCACCAGAGAGUGGGGUGGAGAUGAGAACGCCCACAGGGAAGCUGGAUGCUCCCGCAGGCUCCAACCCGCCUUGCCGUGCCCACUGUCCACUGCAAGGGCAUGCCACAGCUGCUGGGCCGGGCCACACCGGGCCCUGUCUCACAAAGGGCUCAGGACUGUGGUAGAUCCAUCCUCUGAGACCCCACCCACCUCAAAAUCUAGCGCCUCAAGUACUUACUGUGUGGUCUCCUGAGGGCAGCACCAGGGUCGGGGUGAGGAUGGCCAGGCUCCACCCUAGUGUGGAAAGGCCCACUAUGUCUGCAGCUGGCCUGAGGCCUCGGGGAGAAGACCAGUCUCACAGGUGUCUCCUGGGCCUGCCUCCCUGACCGCACCCCCCACCUCCUUUCCACUGAAAUAGAAGGGCUAGAUGUGUUGUGACUUGUGUUUUCCUGGGAAGGAGAGGAGUGGAUCCUUCCGUGGGGUGAAACUGCCAGAAUUGCCAGACGUUUAUACACAAAAUUAUUAGACUGAAGUGGGAGUGGGCAGACUAGCAGCCAUUUACCCUAUACUUAACCGCAUUUCUGGCCCACACUCCUUUCUCUGAAGUCAUUGGGGCCAGAUGUGUCUCCGAGUUGAGAAGUGUUAGAUUUGACAAAGGCAAUGGAUCCGUUUAUCGUAACACUUUCUAACCUUCCAGAGUGUGGAUCAUCCUGCCUACCAUCAGGCACGUGACUAUUUCUGCAGAGAAACAUGUGACUAGUCCCAUCAAUUGGGAGCUAUACAAACUGUAAAUUGCCUCAGCUCAGUUCAGUCUAAUUUUGCCGCUAAGGAACUUAGGGAAAACUUAACAUUUGAGAGCUUUUGGGGUUUCAGAAUAGCAAAAACAAUGGUAUGGGGUUGUGGACCUGGAUCUGAAAAUCCUACUUGCUGAUGGAUGCGUUAGAGGCUGACAUUGUCGGCAUUACACAGGGACUCCUUCAGUUGCUGAGGGACCCUGGGCCCCUUUAAGAAGCCCCUCUGGAAGUGAUUGAAACACGGCUAGAUGGCUAAUGGGGGCUGGGGGGUGGGGAGAAUCGAGCAGAAGUUGUCCAGGCUACUAUGGAUCAAAUAUUAAUCUGAAGUUAAGAGAAAGGAGAACCCAAAAUUAUACUAAGAGGAUGGACAUUUACACAUCUGUUUCAUUCCAUUUUCAUUCUAACACAGGAAACGCUAACAAGUGGAGCUGGCCCGAAGUCCAGCUUCUGACUCCACAUGACGUAGGGCCAUUGGGCAUGUCCGUCGUUGAAGGGCUUGUCUAUCAAAGACUCUGUCAGAACUCCAUGAGAGUAGGAGAAGGGAUUUUGCUGAAUGAAAGUGCUUGGGAAGUAGUGGCCACCACGAUGGGGGUCCUAGCCCACCUACCCCAUCCACUGGCCUUCUAAUCACAGUCCUGCCUGAGCAGCGGGGCUGGAGCACCCUGCAGACUGGACAGCUCCCGACAGCCCUAGAGAAACAGAACCCCCUGCAGCUACUCACCCACCCCGCCCCGACCUAACUCCCGGCCUGUCCUGCCCUUUGGUCCGCCCCUUAGCAGGGAUCCUUUAGCUACUGUCCCUCCUCCAUCACUGCCUGGGGCUGGACUGCCGUGUUUGAACGCCUGACGGUGUCUGUCUCGUCCUGUCCUUUCUUCUUACCAAUCCCAAUCCAGGCCUUUUGCCUUCCUCUUUCCUGUCUGGAAGUCUGUAUCUUCAAGGUGUGGGAUCAGAUCUGGUUUUCUCUAAAAAGCUAGAACCUUCUGCUGUGUGCAGCGGACAUCCUCCAGGCUGGCUGCUCGCUGCUCUCGAGGAAGCUGCAUGAGAGCAGAGCCGCCCUCUACUCAGAUAAAAUAGCUUCAGCUGCAGGAAGCCGCCCCCUCCCAUGCCUGCCAGCCCACAGCCCUUCACCCCACACAGCCCCCAGAGUUUGCCUGACUCCCCCUGAGUGAUGACAGGUCUCAGGGGGGCCACCCCCACACAUAGGAGGGAGAAGCUUAGUUUCCUGGCUUGGGCUGGGGGUGGCUGCUGAGGGGGUGGAGCAGAGAUAGCAAUUUAUGUUGCAUGUUUAGUGACACAAUCCAGACACAGGUGGGACUUUCUUGAGUGACAGGUGUCACCCUGAGUCCUGUGUGGGAUGGCUUAAUAGAGGGGUUUGUGUGUUUGUGUGCAUGGAGGGCCACUGCACCCCCAGAUCCUCCUCUCCCCCGAGGGCUGCGUCUCUAAACCUGGGAACACAUCAGCCCCAGGAGGAGGCCCUUUUCCGGGUAACUGAUGUGUGGGAGAAGCCAAGAGGCCCCUGCCUGUCUCCUGAAUGAAGCUGUGAGGGUUGCCACGUGGGUGGGACCAGUUCAAAAUAUCGCCCCCGCCCCUCUAAAUUAGACCGCGGUCUCAGCACUACCGUGUUCAGUAGAUAAGGGAUGGUGGCUGAUUUACUCCAAGUAGUUCCAGCUGGCUCCUCAGACCAGGGCCAGAGUUAGUGUCUCCAACAGCAGCCGGCUGAAAACUGGGGUUCUCGUGCUGGCAAGUGCUUGGCUGACGCACAACCCUUUGGUGACGAAGCUGGGCUUUGCCUCGGUACUGCAGACAAGGCUGUUGGCUCAGAGGUUGCAGGGCAGGUAGGAUUCAGUAGGAUGCGCCCUGGCUGUGUGUAUUUUGGGCAGGAAUCCCAGGUGUGCAGAGAACAUCAGAGGCAAUGAGAGGCUCCCAGGACCCAACUGUGACACUGGGAUCAGGGUGGCCAUUCCCUUGGGCCAGAGUGAGCCGUGGGUGGCCCGCGGACGGCGGCGAAUGUCAAUUUGGAUGUUGAGCCCCGAGUCAGUUUUAGAACCGAGGACCUCAGGCGGGGAGGGCUAGGGCCCCAUGGGAGCAGCAGGAGUCUGAUGGCUCCUGGCUGUGGCCCACGCCUGCCUGCCUAGCCUAGUACCGGGGCUGCAGGGCAGAAGCUCUGCUGCUGGGGCGCUCCCCAAUCUGCCACGCCGCUGGCCUUCCCAAGGUAAGGAGGAGGCAGUCAGCAUGGUCCCCACCCUCAGCUGCCCCAGUCCCACACAUCCAGCCACAGUGCUUUUUAGCUCCUGGGAGGGGAGAUACCUUUGUGAGUUUCAAAUGUCAGACCUGAAGCUCAGAGAGAGAGUAAGCCAUGUGCCCCUAAACACUCUGCUCCUAAGUGGCAGGAAGGGCAAGUGGCCAGGUUGGGUCACCCCCACAGCCUGUGCCAUCGACACACUCAUUACAGCACCUCCAGAAGAAGGGGAAUUGCAGGCAUCCCAGAGCCUUACAUCCUCAGGAGUAAGAGGGUGAUUAUGUCACAUGUUUAGUGACACGAUCCCACCUGAGUCUGGAUUGUGUCACUAAACAUGUGACAUCAAUUGCCAUCUCUUCUCCAACCCCUCAGCAGUCACCCCUAGUCCAAGCCUGGAAAAUAAGCUUCUCCCUCCCAUGUGUGGGGGCAGCCCCCUCCUGAGACCUGUCAUCACUCAGGGGGUGUCUGGCAAAGCCGCCUGGGAAGGACCUGGACGCCUCCACCCUGCCCCACAAGGCUCUGGGCUCCCACCUGCCUGGGCAGCCCUUACACCCAUGCUCCCUCCUUUAGGCAGGCCCAGAAGAGUAUCCCUUCCUGAGGGUGUCAGGGGAUGGUGGCAGAGAGAGAGUUGGGAUGAGGAGAGCUGGGAUUAGGAAAGCUGGGAUGAGGAGAGAGCUGGGAUUAGGAGAGCUGGGAUUGGGAACAGGGAUUGGCGCUUCCCCAUCCUGAUGCGCAGGACCGAGUCAUCUGCUCUCCCAGCCCAGGGCUCCAGCCAUGCUGAGAGCAGUAAGGAGGAUGCUGCAGAAAGGAACUGCAGAAAGAAAAAAAGCCACAUGAUUAACUUUUCUCCUGGAGGGCAAAGGGUCCCGACUCUCAAAAAGAAAAGCCAGGCACAGACCCCAACACCCAGUGUAAGGCAGCGCAGGACCCCAGGACCGGGGCAAAGGCCUUUCGAAGGCCCUAGGCUCUCGAGGGGGAAGGGAAGCUGAGAGGCCCCGGUCCUUCUGCACCAGGUGGCUCUUUAAAACACAAAACACCCCAAAGGCAAAACCCUGAAGCAUGUUCUUUAGCUAACCCCUUCCCGGCCCAGAUGCCUGCCAUUCCGAGAAUUCCUUUCAGUUUUGCCAGGACCCAGGAGGGUGAAGAGCUGGCCCCUCAGGGUCCCAUCCAGGCUUCCAGGCCCACUUUAGGCUUUAAUUGCAUUGGCUGUUUCCUAUGGUGAAAUUGAUGAGGGCAAAGAAAGCCCGGAGCAUAAAUGCUGGGGGCGUGUCAUUCAAAUGGAAGUUCUCCAGUGAGUGGCUGAAGGCAGAGAACUGCUAUUAUUCCUCCCUCUUUCUGGAUUUGUUGGAGGGCUUCCAUCAGAGGGACUGGAGGUGGGAGAGCACUUUUAGAGCGAACCCGUCCCCCACCCCACCCCGCCCCCCAGCUGCGCCUGAGCUCCCCAGAGACCCUGACCUUGCAUGCAGCUGGAGCUGGCGACCUCAGGCUUGGGGAGCAGCCUGAAGCCUUCAAGGCCAACUCCCCCAGGACAGAAGCCCAGCCACAGGCUGAGGAGACAGGGCUUCCUCUCUGGAGGGCUCACUGAGCAGCUAGGUAGUGGCCUCAGGCAGUCCUCGCCAGGGGACAGCUCCCUGUUUUGCAUUCAUUCACGCAGUCAGCACUCAGGCAGAGCUAAAGUGGGCCCAGCGGUCCUGUGCUUGGAAACGGAUGCUCUCACCUCCACACUCCUGCCGUUCCAGCCUCCACAGGUGAAGCUGCAGGGUGAGCAGAGGCAGGCAUGGGGUGCACGCUUCAAGGAUGGGGCUGGCCGUUCUCCCUCCACAGAGGGAGGGGAUGCACUGGGUUUGAGGAUGAGGUGCUAGCCUGGUCAGGGGAGUGACUAUGGUCCUUCUGACCGACUUGGAUCUUUAAAAUAAUCACAAAAAAGCUCAGCCUAAGCAGGAGAGUUCAAGGCUGGGGGGCCUGUGUUUUCCAUCAGUUUUCUUCCCACAAGAUUCUUAGAGCUGGAGGUUUACAGGAUCAGAGGGGCACGGAAGUGGUCAGGCUCAGUCAUCACCCACCCUAAAUUACAGGCCAGGCAGAGAUAGGAAGAAUCCCAACCAGAGGGACCCCAAAUGUCCCCCUGCAGCCUGAGAGUGAGUUCCGGCCCAAGUGCUGUGAUGACCGCCGGCAUCUCUCCGACUGCCUCUGCCUCAGUUUAAGCAUCUCUAGGUUGGGAGCAAAGGCAGGCUUAGGCAGCCAUCGCUUCCCCACGUCAGCCCAGGGCUUGCAGGGCCAGCACCAUCUGGGUAAGGGCUGCCCUCUCCUGCCCAGGCUCCUUGCUGUGGCUGGCAAUCCUGGAGCCAAGAUUCUUUCUAGCAGAACAGAAACUCCGGCCCCAAUUCCCCUCUCCCUUUCUGAUGCUACUGCCAAGGGCAGAAAUGUACCCUGUAGCCCACCCUUGUGUGUCCUGAGUUUCCAGUGCGAGUCAUCUGGAUUUGCAUUUAGCCGGGGAACCUUGACCCCUAACCCCUCUCCUUCCCUGCCUGAAUUUGCCAAAAUGCCAACCAUCCAGGCAGGUGUGGAUGCCACCGUCCAUCCCCCCACGUGAACAGAGACACACAUUCACAGCCCACAGCCCCUUUGGCUGCUGGGAGAAGCAGGCCUGGGUCUGCCUGGAGCCUCAGGAUUGGGACUUAUCUCCAAAGGAGCCCACACUCCCUCUUCCGGGAUGGGCACUGGCUGGCUGCGAGCACCUUUUGCCCUCACCACAUCCCUCCCCUGCCCAGCCCACAUGCACCUGUUUCAUCUGUCUCCAGGGCCCCUGCCCUGUGGAUCUCUUCCAUGCAUUCCUAGGGUGCAUGGGCUCAGUGCCAAAUCUGGCUGUGCCCAUUCUCCAUGGCCCCAGCUUGGCGUCCUGUGGAAAGGGGAAGGUGGACCUGCCCAGAGGAGAGGAAGGUCCCACCCAUCUGCCCCAGCACAGGAACCAGGGAGGAAAGAAUGGGGAGGGGGGGUCCCCAUUCACCGUUUUCUGGAUUAGCACUUGAUUGGAUGUUUCAAGCAGGGGACAAGGUGAUGGUGGCUGUAACAGGCUCCUCGUGGGCACUGUCACCCUGGAAGGCCUGAGCACCUGUGAGAACCUGUGGCCAGCCCUUUUCAUUGGCUAAGUUCCCUGCUGUUCGGUGUGGUGCCAGUUUUAUAAAAAACAACAUAUAUACAUAUAUAAAAACAAAACAACUGGUUCUGUAUCAACUGAAUUUACAUACGAACGAGUGUUGUGAUUUGCAGUGUUUUGACACCGUGAUUGGCUUGUUUGGGUCUCUCUUCUUUCUGUUAAAUUAAUUGCUGUGCGUUUCCACUGUUCUUUUUUUUUGAGAUGGUGUUUCACUCUGUCGCCCAGGCUGGAGUGCAAUGGUGCGAUCUCAGCUCUCACCAUUCUCUUGCCUCAGCCUCCCAAGUGGCUGGGAUUACAGGCAUGCACCACCACGACCAGCUAAUUUUGUGUUUUUAAUAGAGACAGGGUUUCUCCAUAUUGGUCAGGCUGGUCUCAAACUCCCGACCUCAGGCGAUCCACCCCCUCAGCCUUCCAAAGUGCUUGGAUUACAGGCGAGAGCCACCACGCCCGGCCUCACUGCUCUUAGAGAAGACUCUUAGCUCCUGGGUAUUUCUUAUCUCACUUCUACCCAGACCUGCUGGGAGCCCACCCCACCGCAGUUCAACCAAGAGGGUAUUUCCAGGCUAUUCCAAUGACUGGAACCCUUCUUGGAAGAAAAUGUCUAAUGUCGGGGACCUAGGGACGCUUCCAGACUUGCCCUGGCCAGAAUCCUGCAGCCUAGGCCCAGGCCCGUCCACAGCUUAGCUUCCACCCCACCCCCACUCCCCAACCCACAGCCUCAGGACCCAGCCCCGCAGACCUUCCGUGGGAGCUGCUCAGGGGUCUCCGCUGCGCCCUCUAGUGGCCGAGCAUCGGUCCAGUUUCUCCAGCCUUCUGCCAGCUUUAAAACCCUUCAUUCGAUCAGCAUUACCGUACAUGCAAUGAAAAAUACCAUGUAUGACAAUCAAAACCCGUGUACAUAUCUCCAUGUACAUAUUUAUACAUACACACACCUUCCUAUUAUAAAUAUAUAAAGCAUGGCAUCUCUUUGGCAUUCCAAGUUUGUGUUUUUUUUAAUCCUUGGAAAUAUGGCUUUGGAAACCUUUUUCUUCCGUUCCCUCUUUUCUAUGUUGUAAUAAACAUUCAUGUGACCUUU